AUGCUUUACCAGUCUACUUUCUUUCCUUCUUUAAGGCUCCGUCAGGUAUGGUCUUUAAUCCUAAGGUGGUUGAACAUUAAUACAGCUCUGCACAGUAAGGCUCUGGAAAAUUUUCAGCAGUUUGAAGGACUUAGCAGAUCUGGCAUGAAGCAAGCAGAGAAAUUUCACAUAGUCUGGUUCGCCUGCAUUUGGGUUUUGUGGAACGGGCAUAAUGAAAAGGUGUUCAGAGAUAAGCAGCGAAGGUUGGAGCAAAUGACCGAAGAAAUUAAAAUUACAUCGUGGAAAUGGUUGAAAUGCAAAUUGAAAGGCUUCAACAAUGGAUAA